AUUUAUUUAAAAUGAAUAGCAAUCAGCACAUAAUCACUGUGGAGCCUCAGGCUCCAAUCGUGGUUGAUUUAGAGGCCUCUUCUGACAAAGUUGAGGCCAAGAACACUGAAAUUAAGUAUAAGAAGGAUUACAGUCAGAAAUUCCUUGAUCUGGCAAAAGAGAAUCAGCCUACUAUGAGAGAGCAAGCAGCACAAGAAGAGGAGAAGAAGCAGGAUGAUCAGGAAGAGGGUUUGAGUAGAAAUACAGAUGAAGAGAUGGAGAGCGAUAAUCAGUCGAAAGAAACUCUUUGUAGUGAUGUUACAUCGAACUCGAUGAAUGCUGAGCCUGCUUUGGGUAUGAGGGAUGGAGAGGAGAAUGCUCAGAUGGAGGAUAAUGGUACUGAAAACAUCAUCACUAACCAAGAGUCAUCACCAACAUCUAAUGCUCUAAAGAAAAGCUCAGGGAGUUGGAAUAAUGAUGACAAUGAGGAUGAAUCUAUGGCAAGUGAACAUCCGACUCCUAAAUAAGCAAGUGGAAAGCUCUUCAAAAUCAGGUUGGAACAAAGACGACGAGAAGAAAGAAGAAAGCUGGAGCAAACAGUCAUCUUGGAAUGACAACCCAGCCGCUUCCAAAUCCUGGGACUCUGGCAUCAAAGAAGGCAACUCUAGUUGGAAUGCUUCAGGUGAUAGCCCAUCUAAGGAUACUGGCGACCAAUGGGGCAACCAGAGUUGGGGCACUACGAACAGAUCCAACAGAAGUCACAAUAACAGUGAUAGCGAGGACUCUAAUAGAAGAGGCCCAAGAGGUUGUGGCCGGGGUAGAGGAAGAGGUCGUGGCAGAGGCGAUGGCUUCAGAGGAAGAGGUCGCGGUGAUGGAUAUAGAGGAAGAGGCCGUGGUGAUGGAUACAGAGGUAGAGGUGAUGGCUACAGAGGCCGUGGCAGAGGAAGAGGUGGCUUCAGAGAUAGCAAUAGUUCAGGGGGCCAAAGCUGGGGGAAUUCAGACAGAAGUGACAACUCUAGUUGGAACAAUAAAAGCAAUGAUUCUUGGAGCAAUAAGAAUAACAACUCCUGAAAUAGAGAAAGUGAUUCAGGAAGAGGCAACCAAGAUACUCAAAACAAUACUUGGGGGAACUCUUCUAAAGACUCUUGGAGCAACCAACAAGAUGACUCUAAUAGUGACAGAAGAAAGUCUUGGAAUAAUGGAGGCAAAAGAUUUGACUACUCUAGCAAGAACAAAGGAGAUUCUGAGUCAAGACAAUGGAGCAGUAAUCAGGAUGGAUGGGAAGAUCAAAACGAAUCAUGGAAUGACAACCAAGAUUCUUCUCAUUAUAAGAAAGAAAAGAGAGGUUGGAAUUCAAACUCGAAUAAUCCUUCAAAUUGGAAUAAUGGAAACUCUUCAGAGGGAGGAUACAAAGGAAGAAGAAAUACAAAUUCUAACUGGAAUAACCAAGACGAUAAAGAUUCAUGGAACAAUCAGAGUGAGAAAUGGGGAGGCUCAGAUAGCAAGCCAAGAGGAGGCUUCAAAAAGAAAGACUCAAACUCUACUGAUAACGGUUGGGGUGAUAAAAAUGCCUCAGAAGAUUGGAACUCGAACCCCUCUGCUUCCAAAACUUGGGAUACCAACCCUACUAGUUGGGAUGGUGAUACUUCCAAAGGAGGCUGGAAAAAUGACUCAGGCAGAAAAUCAAGAAAGAUAUCAGAGGAUAAUUGGAUAAAUGACGACAAUGAAGCUAAAUGGAACCAGAGCAAAUCAUCCAAUGGAUGGGGAAAUGAUUCAAAAGGGAAAGUCUGGAAUUCAGAUCUUAGUUCAAAGAAAUGGGACAAUAAUGAUGAGUCGAACCAAGAGGCCUGGGGAGAGAAAAAUGACAGCUGGUCAUCAAACAACAAUCACUCCGGUGAUAAUGACAGAGGAAGAGGCUCAGGAAGAGGUAGAGGUUCAAGAAGAGGUAGAGGAGGCUUCUGUGCAGCUGACUAUAACUCUAAAGUCACUCAAGAAUAUUCAGAGGAAGAGCCAAAGCAGAGAAAGGGGCUUCUUGAGGCUAUAAGAGAGGAUGAAUAAUAAGGAUUGAUCAUAAUUAUCCAACAUCUUAGUGAUUUUUCCUUUCAUCUCUCUGGAUAUUCAAGAAGAGUUAUAU